AUGAAAAUAUCUACCGAAAUUAUUUUGAUAUAUAACAUUCUUAGAAUUCUUGGCUGGAGUCAAGCUAUGGCAUUAAUAAUUUACUAAUCGAAAUAAGGAAUUGAAGAUAUUUCCAAUAUUUUAAAUUUAGUCAAGGCUUUGACUAUUGGAAAAUGUUUUGAAAUUGUUUUUAUUAAACAAAAGUAAAUCCUAUCUUCUAAUAAUAUUGUGAAAUAUUAAGUAUUUCUCAUUAGACUGAUAUUUUAAUGGUAUUUCAUGAGACCUUAAUUAUGCUUUUGCUCAUUUAGACACACUAUAAUUGGUUGGGGUUUUAUGGAAAUUACAUAAUCUUUGUAUUAUAUUAGCUAAUCACAAUUUAUGAAACAGAUACAAUAAAUUUUAAUAUUUGUCUUUGUUCCAUUUACUUUAAUUGGAAUGAUAAGAAUUACUAAUCGAAUUAUAGAGAGAGAGUAAAAAGAGGAUUAUUUCAAAAGAUUAUUCUAAAUGGUUCUAGUUAUUUUUGUUGCUUUUUAACUUUACAUUAACUUUCAAAAAUAAAUUGUUAGAAUUCCUAAAAUUAAAUAAUUAUGA